CUCUGCCAAUUUAUUGGAGGUGAGGGCGGGACGGGAAAAUCACGGAUCAUCGGAGCGGUCGCGGCGCUGUUCGCGAGGAAGGGGAUCCCGCACCGCCUACUGGUUACAGCGACCUCGGGAACGGCGGUAGCCAAUAUUGAUGGGGUUACUAUCCAUUCCGCGUGCGGGUUCUCGAAAGACACGACUCGGUCGGUGGGUCGGAGUACGGACCUGGAGAGAUUCGCGCCUAGGAGUUCAACUAAUCUCCGCGUCGAUGGACGAAGCCGGGCCGUGUGGUAGGAAAAGCUCCUGCUCAUUAUCGACGAGGUCAGUAUGCUGGGUGCGCGGACGCUGUAUAUGGUAAACGAACAGCUGUGCCGACUUCGAGGGUAUGCGGACGACUUUGGCGGGAUCCCGAUUAUCGUGUUCUGCGGGGAUUUCCGCCAGUUCCGCCCGGUCCAGGAGCGGUCCAUCCUUCUCCCCAGCCAAGUUAUUGCGUGGACCGACGAUACAGCUUUCCGAGCAGAGCAGAGGCACCAGCACGACAAAGCGCACGCGCUGUGGAACAAGUUUACUACGGUCGUGAUGCUCGACGAACAAGUCCGUGCCGCCGGAGAUCCACGACUCCAGCAACUCCUCAGGCGGAUCCGGCACGGCGUACAAGAUCAGUCCGAUAUGGAUUUUCUGAACGACACGUGCUACCAGGAAGGUCGACGUAUCCCAUGGGAGUCCGGCAUCACGGUUAUCACGCCGCUGAAUCGGAACCGCUGGAAUCUGAACGUCGAAGCCACGCUGUCCUUCCAACGCCAAAGGCAAAGCGUGCUUCGGAUUUUCAUGUCCGAGCACAAGUGGAAAGAUGGCCAGCCUACGGAGGAGGAGGCCCUAAUGCUGUUAAGUCAGGGGGACGACAGCGCCAUCCCCGUCCCCGCCAUCUUUAUGUUCGUCCAGGGGAUGCCCAUCACCGUAAAUCAAAACACCCACCAAGGCCUGAAGCUGGUCAAUGGCGCCCGCUAUACGGCGUUAGACGUCAUCCUCGACCUGAAAUUCCCCGGGCAUCGCGUCAACGCCGAUACCAUGCUCCACUUCGGGCCUCCGGCCGGGAUCGUGCUGGCGUCCGAGACGACGAGAGACUACGAUUUCAGAAAGCGGCCGUGGCAGAUGCACGCCGUCAGCCGGCGAGGAUUACCGUGCGCAGCGGCGUUCGCCUCUACGGAUUAUAAGGUGCAAGGAAAGACGUUAGACCGAGUGGCGCUAGAACUUCGCGGCGCGAGGACGACGAACAUCGAUGGCCAGGCCGUUCCCAGUCAAUGCGAUGCCUACGGCCUAUACGUACAACUAUCGCGCUGCCCAUCCCUAGAUGGGAUCAUGCUUCUGUCUCGAGCGCGAGAAAGGGACAUUAUCGGUAAUCGAGUGCCCGAGCCUAUGGUCGCCGCCGAGAAUAGGCUAGAACGGCUGAGCGAGGGGAUGAUUUAAGACGCGGAACGUUGGGACUGGUCAAUAGAAGAGGGAUGGACGGUACAUUAAGGGGAAGUAAACGCGGCCUAGAUAUACAAAGUAGAUUGGCUAGCAGAGCGCAAAUAGGGCGAGAGACAUUGAAAACCGACCCUUUGUAACAUUGAUCGCUUAAUGAUGGGGAGACUUCGCCUCUUUUUUUUCCCUCGCAUCCCUCCUCUUUUUCUCGAGUCUUUAUGAUCGGAGUCAGUCUUGACAAUCAGAGUCAAGUCUCAACGAUCGGAUUGAGUCCCGACGAUCGGACUCAGUCAGGCGCGGGGUCAGAAUCAGGCGGUGUCAGCGAACGGCGAGUGAACGAUGCCGAGCGUGUAG